CGCUAGAAAGUAGGGAUUGUCGAUGUCGGCGUAGUAAUACAUUGUGACCUCGAUUUGACCUUAAAUACUAUAUUAGUUGUAACGACCACGUUGAUUCAUUCAAACCGAAUACGAUAAUCGAACAAAAUGGUUCAGCCACAGUAUCACAAAUGCGCCGACAAAGAGGAAAGUAAAGUGAAUAUUGAGGAAUAUGGACCAGUUAAAGAGGUGCCCGCCAAAAUAUGCGAGCCGUCGGGUGAAUUCAAAAACAGCGCCCAUUUCUACAUCGGUGGCGCAACGGACGUAGAGGCCCCUCCCGAGUACCAGGAAAACGAUCCUCUUCAGGGUCCCCAAGGGGCGCAGUGUCUCCCCCGGGACGAGUUAGCCGACUUUGAUAACUGGGAUGACGACGACGCAGAUGACGGCGUUUCUGCCGCCUCCGACGAGAGCGGUCCCAGCUGGUCUGAGCUGGGCACAUGCGCACGUGUCAAUCGCGUGCUGGUUCAGUGGGUGGGAAAGGCAGUGUGCCUGCUACUGCUACUGUACCUGUUCAUCUGCUCUCUUGAUUUCUUGAGCUCCGCCUUUAGAAUUCUGGGAGGGAAAACUGCAGGUGGCGUGUUCACCCAGAGCAGCCUGCUGCAGAACCCCGUGGCGGGCCUCAUGGUAGGCAUACUGGCCACUGUGCUGGUCCAGAGUUCGAGCACCUCCACCUCCAUCGUCGUCACCAUGGUCGGAUCCGGAAUUCUGGAGGUCCGUCCCGCCAUUCCAAUCAUCAUGGGAGCCAACAUCGGCACGAGCGUCACCAACACAUUCGUCUCCAUGGCGCAGUCCGGAGACCGGAAGGAGUUCCGGCGGGCGUUCGCCGGCGCCACCGUCCACGACAUGUUCAACUGGUUGACCGUCCUCGUACUGCUUCCGUUGGAGUGGGCGACUGGUUACCUGUAUAUGCUUACGAAGGCUAUUGUGGACGCUAUCCAUAUGAAGAGUUACACAGGCGGGAACCAGGAGCUCCUUAAGGCGCUAACGGAACCCUUCACCAACCUAAUAGUGCAGGUUGACAAGAAGGUCAUUAGCAAGAUUGCAGAGGGUCACUCAGAGUUCAUGAACAAAAGUCUUAUUCAGAAAUAUUGCGUAUUCGAAGAUGCCGAAGUUGUACUAAGAAAUGCUUCUAUUAAUGGGACGGAAAGCAACUAUACCGAGGCCAACGCCACGGCCCUGGAUGAAGUCCCGAUCGGAAAAUGUGCGAGCCUAUUCAGUCAACUGGAGCUAUCCGACAGCGUGUCCGGUGUGAUCCUGCUCGUGUUCUCUCUCGCGCUGCUCUGCACGUGCCUGGUGCUCAUGGUGAAACUCCUGAACUCCAUCUUGAAAGGGUCCAUUGCAAAGGUGAUCAAAAAGACCCUGAACGCCGACUUCCCCGGAUGCUUCUCUUGGCUGACCGGAUACGUCGCCAUGUUGGUCGGCGCCGUCAUGACGCUGCUGGUCCAGAGCAGCUCGGUGUUCACUUCCGCCCUGACGCCCCUGGUCGGGAUCGGCAUGAUCAAAGUGGAACGUAUGUAUCCACUCACCCUGGGCUCGAACAUUGGCACGACGGGGACAGGAAUCCUGGCCGCCAUGGCCGCUUCCGGUGACAAACUGCCCAUCGCUCUGCAGAUUGCGUUCUGCCAUCUGUUUUUCAACCUCAGCGGAAUCGUCCUGUUCUACCCCGUACCUGCAUUGCGGAGACUUCCCAUCCGAUGCGCUAAGUUCCUCGGUAGCGUCACCUCAAAGUACCGCUGGUUCGCCAUGGCCUACAUUUUAAUGGUGUUCCUCCUGAUUCCCGCCGCAAUCUUCGCCAUUUCCGUUGCUGGCUUCAUUCCAUCUGUAUGUGUAGCUUCAGUAGUCAUUCCAUGCGUUCUUUUCGUCGUCAUCUUAAACAUCCUGCAAUCCAAAUGCAAAUCAUGCUUACCGAAAGCACUCCAAACGUGGGACUUCCUGCCUAAGUGCCUCCGGUCGCUAGAACCCAUAGACAAAGUCAUCAGCAGCGUUCUCGGACUAUUUAAACGCUCGUGUCCGUGUUGCACCAAAUCUUGCGCCCGGAAGCCGCAGCCGACGACACUCGGUCAGGUCGUCCAGAAACACACCAUCGCGGCCACCAUCGCAAAAAACAUUGUCAAAGACAAGAGUAUUCCUCUAAAGGUCUCACCGGCGCCUUCGGUGGCGUCUUCAAGACUGCUCCUUUCCCGGUCGUCCACAGAGCAGUCGUCGUUCGCACGAUCGAGUGUAUAGCACAAGCUUGUUGCGUAAAUGAUGUUUUAUGCAUAAAACAAUACUUGUGAUGUAUAUAUGUAUAUAACGAAACAAUUCAUAUCAUCAUCGACACCAUAUCUCUCUUGACCGAUCUGGCCGUGGGGUGAGGGAAAGAACAAAGACAUACUCCGCCAGUCAGGUCUGUUGUGAGAAGCUUAAUUCAUAACACCAUGUUUUAAUCAAGAAUUUAUUUUGAAAAUUACUAAAAAAAUAAAUAAAAGGCAUAAAUAAAUAAAAAAAGUAAUUAUUAGCUAGAUAACAAUUGUAAUGCUAAACCCCCCAAAUUGGUGCAAAAAGGUAACAUGUUUAAUUAAAAUUAAACGGCUCAUGGUACCUUUUUGCACCAAUUUUGCGAUAUUAUGUUUUUUUCUUGCGUUUGCUCUUUUGACUUUCGGAAUACAACUAGAAAGUUGUCGCCAUCUCUGGUCAUUGUUUUUGUUUUGUUUUUAUCAUUCUUCAUUAUGCAUUAUGUAAAUACAACGAUUUCGUUCAUAUAUGUACAUAUUUUUACGGUAUUAUUUUGAUUAUGAACAUUAAUGCAUUUAUUUAUUACAUGGUUUAUAAGCCAUCGUCGUGACAUCAAGCGCCUCUACGGGCUGGUUGUAUGUUACGUUAAAUUUACAAUGUGUUCUAAAUUGUGUUAAUUGAUUGACUCACAUGUGCCCAGUAUGUUUUACAGUUGCUAACCUUGUCUCAAAGACGUCGCUUGUUGUGAACGGUCAUGUAUACGUAAACAUCGAAUAUAUGUGUGUUUCGUGUCAGAAUGUUGAAUCGGGUGGCGGAAAACUACAACGGGCGAGGCAUGGUAUGGUAUUGCGCAAGGGGGGGUUAGAGGGUUAGGGUUUGGGUUAGUGUUAGGGGUCGGGUUAGGGUUUGGGUUAGCCUAAACCCAACCCUAACCCUAACCCGACCCCUAAUCCUAACCCUUACCCUAACCCUUUUUUGGGGUUAUCACCCCUGACCAUGCCUCGCCCGUUGUAGUUUUCCGCCUCCCUGUUGAAUCGGGGUAAUUAAAAAUGAUCUGAAAUAAAUUGUAUAGCGAAUACUAUUUAUUUGACAACUCGAAUCUCCUGUAGCCUUUUUGGUUGUGAAAUUUUGUUUUUAUACUGCAUUCUUUUUUCAAAUCUGGCAUAAUUUUUAUACUAGCCAGACAUAAUAAAGACAUUCUAUUUUUUUAAUCUCUAUUAUAAUUUAUAUACUAGCCAGACAUAAUAAUGAUAAAAUAAUCUCAAAUUUAUUUGGAAAUUUUAUUUCUAACUACUGAAGUAAUACUCAUUUGAUUCUGAGAUAUAUUUAUGGUGUCAUUAGGUAGAUUUUUUAAUUUGUACAUAAUGCAUUUAUGAAACCAGUAUACGUAUGUUUGUGUAAGUACUUGUACGCAUGCAUACGUACUGUUUUUUUAACUAUUUAAUAGCGUGACUGUGCGUCAUCUGAUCAUGUUUGAACUUCCAGCUUGAGUUAUUCUACUGUGUAGAAUAACUGAAUGCCCCACUAAUCAUCAACAACAGUAAAUACGCUUAAAAUAUAUAACAUUUACCAAAACCCCUCAGACUUUAAUACGUCCAUUCGAUGUCCGGUUGUGCAAUAACAAUAGAAUUAUCCAGUGUAUAGACAGUUCAUUAGUAUUUUCAUAACAGUGUGGUUCAAGUUUAAAUUGAACUGAGUAAUUCGAACAUCCCAGUUUCAUUACUUCUAUUAUUUUCACUGAAAGAUCAUGAAAUAUUAUGUACUAUGGUAUAAAUAUUUUGAAUUGAAAGACUGCAGCUGUGGGUAAAUUGUUAUUUAUUUAUUUAUUUAUUCCAUUGUGAACAGCAUUACCACUUCUCAAUUGUGGUGGCAUUAAUAAAUGUCAUUUACGAUUUUUUGUGUUGCGUAUGUUUAAAAAGUAAAACACAUAACGUGUUUGAAAAAUAAAUACACGAAACUUG